CCUGCUCAGAUCUCACAGCUAGAUGGGACCAAAGCUUUCUCAGGCCCACAGACUCACAGACACACUCCCACAUCAGCUACCGGGGGGAGAGUGAGCGGAGAAGAGAAAGCAGCAGGCAGAGUGGAAGGCUGCUGCUGGUGGUGUGCACGCUGGCUGAGAGAAAGACAAGAAAGCCAGUGUUUGUUUUGUUUUGGUUUUUUUUUUUUGCUGUGCCACUUUUCCUCUAGAUCUGUUGAUGAGCCAGGCUGGGUCAGCUCUGGGUCUUGUCUCAGUGUGGGGUUCAGAGGUCGGGGUCAAAGUGUCACUGCUUCUUGAGUGUGCGUGGCUAUUUUGCAACUUUUGAACACUGGAACUGUACUGUAAGCAUUAUGACUCUUCUGGGCUCUGAACACUCCAUACUAAUACGAAGCAAGUUUAGAUCGGUCCUACAGUUAAGACUUCAGCAGAGGAGGACACGAGAGCAGCUGGCAGACCAAGGCAUCAUGCCUCACCCGGCCUCAGGCGGCUCCAAUCUGGAAGCCCAGCUGAGGCUAAAGCGAGCCCAGCUCGCCGAGGACUUGAAUAAGAAGUUGGCACUCAGGCCAGGGCCCAUGGAGCUGGUGCAAAAGAAUAUCAUUCCCCUAGACUCUGCCAUCACGAUGACAGUAAACCAUGGUAAGCUCCCUAAGCAAGAGGACUCCUAUGCAUUUGAGGAGGACAGCAGCAGUGAGAGUCUGUCUCCAGAGCAGCACCACAGUGAUGAGUCGCAGGGUUCGGCCUGCCCUUCAUCUGAGGCUGUCGGCAGUACGGCCUCCUCCUCGUCCUCACCUGCCCUCACCAGCGAACGACAGGGUGGUGUAAGCAGAGACCCCCCUGAUCAAAGCCAGGAUGAGGGGCUUUCUGGUGCUAACAACAGCCAGACUACUCCCCCAAUACCUGUUCCUGCUAUCGUCAAGUCUAAAUCUUCCGACAAGAACCGUCACAAGAAGCCCAAAGAUGUGAAGCCUAAAGUCAAAAAGCUCAAGUACCACCAGUACAUUCCUCCAGACCAGAAGGCAGAGAAGUCCCCUCCGCCCAUGGAUUCGGCCUACGCCCGACUCCUCCAGCAGCAGCAGCUCUUCCUGCAGCUGCAGAUUCUCAGCCAGCAGAAACACACUCAUGCGCAAUCGCAGACACAGCAGUCGCAACAGCCGCAUACCCACACUCCGCAGGCCCAAGCCCAGUCUCAGGCUCAGGCUCAGCAGAGGCAGCCCACUUUCAGCUAUCAACCCCACACACCAGCUCACACCCAGAAAGGAGUCAGUGAGCAACUAUCGGCUUGUAGUUCCAGUGCCCCGUCGAGCACAGCCAACAGUAACUCAUCCUCUCCAGUCAAGAACACAUUCCCCAACCAAAGCAACAUCUCACAAGUCAAACCUGGGCCCCUGCCAUCUAAUCUGGAUGACCUAAAAGUUUCAGAGCUGAGGCAGCACCUGCGUAUUCGUGGCAUGCCUGUCUCAGGCACCAAGACUGCCCUCAUCGAGCGACUCCGGCCCUUCAAAGACUCCAACACCGGCUCCUCGCCCUCGGGAUCCUCUGAUAUCACCACCAUGACCUUUCCUGUCACACCCACAGGGUCCUUGUCCUCCUACCAGUCCCCAUCCUCCUCCAGUGCUCUGUCCCAGGGAGGCUAUUACCAGUACCCCAGCACCUCCUCCACCCCACCCAUCUCGCCGGCCUCCUCUGAGCUGUCCCUCAGCGGUUCACUCCCCGACAGCUUCAGCGAUGUGCCCAUGUCUUCGCCAACACAGUUUGCCCUUCAUCCAUCUCCUGCCCAGCUCGGCGUGGAGGAUGGCUUUGGGGGAGGAGGAGGUGGCAGCAUGGGUGGGGCAGGUCAGAGGAUGGGGGAGGUUGGUGGUAUGGAUGGUGUAGAAGCUGAAAAAGACAAGAUGCUGGUGGAAAAGCAGAAGGUGAUCGAGGAGCUGACGUGGAAAUUGCACCAGGAGCAGAGACAGGUUGAAGAGCUAAAGAUGCAACUCCACAAGAGAAAACGUUGCUAUGGAGCAACACAGGAUACGGUCCCUCCUGCAUCUCAUCCUCCCAUGCACCACCAGCAGCACCAGACACCAGCGAUGAUGGGGCAGCAUUUUUUUGGGGUGACUAUCAAGCAGGAGCCUUUGUCCUCCAGCUGCCCUCUGUCCUCCCCUAAACAGCCUAAGUGCCCUCCUGGUAGCUGCAGAGAGGAUAUGGGACACUGCGGUUCCUCCAUUACCAACAUGGGGGGCCCCGGGGGACCACAGUGUAUGGAUACAGGCCCUGCCUCUGGCAGCCCCACCGCUAUGUCCACCUUCCUCAGCCCACAGUGCUCACCGCAAGACUCUCCUAUCAGAAAAUCUUCCAGCAGCCCACAGCCUUCAUCUCCUAACAACCCCUACCUGCUGUCUCCUCAACUGGGGAGGGAUGGCUGUAGUCACCCCCACACCCAGGGCAACAACAGAGCAUGCAACAUGCAGAUGCAGCAAAAGAGUGGCGGUCCGCCUAUAAACUGCUCCUAUCCUUCCGACCAAAGAGGUCUUCAGGGAGUCUAUCCCAGCUCAGCUGACUGUGGCCUCAACAACAGCAGCCCUGCUAAGGCUGAGAGCCAGAACAUGCAACCAAAGAUGUCAGUUUUGCCAAAGUGCCAGGUCCCUCCCCCUGCCUUCAGUAGCUCAGAUUCAGAUGCAUCUGACUUAAGACAGCCCCCAUGCUAUGAGGAUGCAGUCAAACAGCAACUGACCCGAAGUCAGCAGAUGGAUGAGCUUUUGGAUGUGCUCAUAGAGAGUGGAGAGAUGCCAGCUAACGCCAGAGAAGAGAGGGAGAGGUCCUCUGUAACCAAAGUUAUGCCUCACAUUACUGUGUCCCCAGGGUGUCCCGGCCUCCUCAUCCCGUGGUUUCACCGACAUUACGAGCACCUCUCCCCCAACCAGCUCCCUUACGACCACGCAGCCAAUCACGUCACCGAGAGCCACCCAGACACUCUGCUUGGCAGUCCCGUCGGCCGCGGAGGGGAGGUACCUCUUCUUAAAAUGGCAGCAGAGGAUGGGGGCCAGGAAGAUGAAGGGAAGCGAGAGGUUGAUCGGUACAGCAGCCCUCAGAAUCAUCAUCACUCUCAUCAUCCACAACAGGACAAACUUCUGAGCAACCGAGAUCUGAUGGACACGUCUCUCUCGGCCAUCGGCAGUAAGGCAUCCGCCAACCCCGAGGUGCAGGGAAUGGUCAGCAUGACCUUUAGUGAGACGGCUUGGGAGACAAUGGAAUGGCUCGACCUGACACCACCCAGUUCUGCCACUGCCUUCAGCAUUGCUCCACCCAGUGCACCAAGCAUUUUUAAUGCCGAGUUCCUGGAUGUAACGGACAUUAAUUUGAACUCUGCCACAGACCUUCACCUGGAGCACUGGUAAAAACAACACUGUCCCUAAAGUGCUGGUUAGCAGCAAACCAGCCAUCGAACUCAAGACACCAGCUUGCAACUAGCUGCACGGACUUCUGAUAUUAGCUAUGACAAUACCAAAGACCUAUUUAAUUCUGUUCUUAACAGCUUUAAAUGUUCACGUGUUGCUCCUUGCUAUGAUCCAGUGGAAUGUAUAACCAUUAGCAAAUAUGCAAAAGCUGAAAUCUAAGCCAGAAAAUUGAACAAUUGUCAUAUCCCAACCUUUCCACUUCACUGAAAUGUGGUUCUUAUGUUGUCGUCAUACUCAAAAACUAAAGCCCUUGUGCUUUUUGGCAUGAUCUUGAUGUGCACAACUACCAAGUACUUAUGACAGCGGACAUAGUGUCAGAAGAAACGUUAAUGUAACUUAAAAACCUGAUUACAGUACUUUACGCCAACAUUUAAUACAGUAUCAGUGCUUUGACUUGAAGACACAGUUUGACUUUCAUUGUGUACUUUGAGUUAUAUAUUUGUACUGGAAAAAACCCCCAGAGAGGACUUAACAGGUGAAUUGGAGAAUUGGAUUGCUUAGUAAUGGCCAUACUGUAAAUAUCAAAACUGACAGAGAUAAGUUGCCGUCUACAUAUCAUGUCAGAGGUGUGGAAGAACAUACAAACAACAAAUCAAAUGCUUUCUGUAAUCACUUCAUUAUUUGAUGUAAAUAUGAUUUCUUUUUAAUUCACUGUGCACCUCUAGCUUAAUAAACACUUGUCACAGUUUGCUUGAGCUUAGUAUAUGUGUAUAGGUUAGGUCAUUUGAAGGAAUCUUUUUGUACUUAUUUGUUUUCCACUAUUAUCCACAGGAUGACACCUUUAAAAGAAUUAUCUUAUCAGUUUAUAUCAGCAGCCAAAUGCUGCCUUAUUUGCAAAAGCUUUUUAUUCCCAAAUUUUAAUAUCAAACGACUGCUCCCCUGGAAGUUGUUGACUGAUGUGAUUUAGAUGGCUCCACCCAUGCAAAGCUCACAUCUAGUUUUUUCUCUCUCUUUUUUGGUCAUUAAAAUGCCAGCAUUUCUGUUCCCAUUUACAUUUAUUUAUUUUGUGCUUUUGUAUUUAUAGUUGAUCCUGUAUUUAUACAUUCCUUUAAAACAGAUUGGGGCUCUAUAUGAUUUAUGAAAAAAGUACCAUUAUCGAUCACUGACAUUUCUUCAUUAUUAGUUCUCUUAAGAAUGUGAUACAAAGUAAAAGAACCACUUUGAAAAGCCAUGUUUUCCUAACUUACUUUUCUUAAAAAAAAAAAAAGACUUGUAAUUGACAAUUCUUAGCACUUGUUAAUAGGAUGAUGUAAUAUAAUCAAAUUUUUACUGUGAAUACUGGAUAUUAAUAAAGAAUAGACUUUCACAAAAGCCAGCCGAGAUAAACCUAUUAUGCACAGUAGUUAUAGGUGAGAAUGACAAACUCAGAAACAAAUAAGGUUUUAGUUUUGAUUAGUAAAUGCAUUUUUAUGCACCUAAAAACUUAGUUUAAAAAUUAAUAAAUAAGUAUAAUUUCUUGCAUACCUCCUUUAUAUCUGUCCGCUGACUGUAAAGCUACGGCUAGCAGUUUGUUAGCCU